CUCUCCCGAAGCAAAACCAAACAAAAGCAAAAAUCAUAAGAUGGUUGGCAUGUGGUCUUUGUUUCUUGAGAUAGACCAAAGCAAGACCACAUGGGCAUUCAAAGCAAGAGCGAGUCGGGUUUAUCGUGAACCGGCACACGACUGUUUUCCGGAGUCCCUGGAGAUUGUUUUUCAUGAUGAGGAGGUUUGUGUAUCUUAUAUUAAAAGUGUGUUCCCCCUGUACACGUUUAAAGGUCAUACAUAGCAAACAUGUUUUUCAUGAGUAAUUACCUAUUACUUAACCCGUUUUACUUAAAAUGCGAGUCUGUGUUGCCAUGAAAGUUUUGGGGAGAAAAUUUUACCAUGCGACUUUUAAAUGUUCCGUCAACGGAUCAAUUAGUAAAAUGUCAUAGAACAUGCAUUUCCCUGAUUUACCCUAUGCGUUGGCUGGGUGUUUACUAUAAAACAACUCUAAAAAUAUCAGGGUUCCAAGAUGCACGCGCACAUUCAGGACCAAUACAUCAACAGGUUCAUCGGUAUCUUCAAGGAAUGUCGUGUUUUCGCGGUGAAAAAUUUCAUGGUGGAGGAGAAUUAUAUGUUUUUCAAAACCACAACUAGUGCCUACAGACUGAGUUUCUUUAACAAAACUGCUGCUUUUGAGAUCAGAGAUUUCCCAUUCCCGUUGAGAACUUUCUCACUAGUGUCUUUUGCAACGCUGAAAGCUCUGGGCACUAUUGAUGAGAAAAUAGGGCUUGGUGCGCAAUUUUUUUUAAUUUCAAAAUAUAUAGGACGUGUUGUGUCUAUAGUAUUCUAAUUUGUUGUUUAAAUAAAGAUAUAAUAGGACAAGUGGUACAUGACAAGGAUCCUAGGACAAUUCUGAAGAAUGAAAGGCCAAGGAAGCUUAUGGAGUUGAUUUUGGGUGACACAGAGCGAGUCAACACUUAGAGUUCAAAAUUUCUUACAUAUGAUUUUGCAUAUCUCUGAAGUAUUCAAGUUUAUUUGAACAAAAUGUCUUUUUAAAAGGGGAAACGUCAUAGCGUGCACUCUGUGGGGACCGAUGGAUGAAAUGCUGUUGACAUACAAGCUUACAACAUCGGAUCCGAUUAUUAUGCUUCUCCAAUGUUGUCGGGCUAGGAAGUACCAAGGUUUUUUUCUAAGGUCUUUCAAUCAUACGAUCCUUAAUUUUGUUCAAAUACCUAACGUAUUAAAUUUAUCAAGGCCACGUACAUGUCUCAAACAUUUUCAACACCACUAAAGUGAUUCUGAAUGGAAACGAGGAAGAGUUUGUGGAUUUCAGGUCUAGGUAAGGAGUUGACCGGCAUUUAUUUUUCGAGAUCCUGGAAAUAAAAUGCAAAGACUGAUAAUCUUUAAUGAAAAAGAACUUUAAAGAGGAUGGGUGAGAGGUCAGCUCAGGGAUUGAGCUUCACUAUACAAUCAGAGAAUGAUGCUGACAUUUCAAGUGGUCAGCAGGAGUUAAUGACUAUUGAAGGACUGAGCAAGUUGCAUGAGGCAUGAUUUUCAACUAAAAUUCCAUGUUAAAUACCUACACUUAACAUCGCCGGAUCUAAAUUGGUUGAUUUACAGGAUGGCAAACACUGGGUUUAUGGUGAAAUCGUCGCCAUCGACAGCCACAAAGAUUGGUCCUACGUUUCAUGCAUUGGGUGUAACAGAAAAGUUUCACCUAAUGGUGAGAACUUUUGUUGUGCUUCCUGCUUCUCAACCGAUGCAGUUCUAAGGUUGAAUUUUCUAUAUUAAAUGCCAUCUUACAGGUACAUGACACUUUCUAAACAACACAUUUCUUGACCAUUAAGGUACAAGGUGAACGUGAGGGUUGUGGAUGGCACCACCCAUGCUUCCUUUUUGCUGUGGGACAGGGAGGUGUCAUGUUUGUUGGGAAAAUCUGAUGCUUCAUUGAAAGAUCAGAUUGCACGGAGAAACUUUGGACCACAUUACUUUCCGGCGGAGAUUAAUUCUCUUAUUGACAUUAAGGCGCUAUUUCGAGUUCAAUUUAGGAGAGAGAGCAGGAAUUUCAAGGGAAACCAGACUUUCAGUGUUCUAAAGAUGAACACUGAUUCUAAAGUGCUUGCACUGUACGCAGAUAAGAUAAUUGGAAAGGAGGACGAGGACGAGUUCAGCAGGUUGGCUUCACAGUGAUCUGGUUCUGGAAAGGCUGGAUCUUCGCAGGCUACAGUGUCUAGCCCAUUCAUGACAAAGGAAAAGAGGCAGGUUAUGGAUGUGGACACUGAGAAAUUGAAGCGUGGCUUAUUUGGAGAUUUUUCAGCGUCAACCUCAUCGAAGAAGCUCAAGGCAGUGAAGAUUGAAAAGGAGUGAAGAUGUUAAAUCGGGACAGUGUCGUUCGUUAAGUGUGAUUGUUAUAUAUGUUGUCUACGACAGUAAUAACUGCUUAGUGUUUUAGAUCAAUUUCCUAUGUAAAGGACAAAACAUCCACCCUAGCCUAGCCGUGAUCUAGAGUUAUUUCGGUGUUGGGUACUUUUUGAUUUUUGGGAUGUUUUGUACUUGGGGAAAGUGGUGCCCCAUUGGUUCUUCUAAUGCUACACCGGCCACCUAUGUAUCAGUAGCGCAUGGUUCAACUACUGCUGUUUGUUUUUUAAAGAUGCUUUCUAUUAGAUUGUUUUUAUCUAAUCUCUGUUUUGG